UUAGCGUGUUAAUUAUUAGCGUUAAAUUUGUUAUUUUAACGUGUUAAAAGUUAAUGAUGCAAUCAAUUUGACCAUCUCACCAACCUGGAGCCACCAUUCUUCAAACUUUUUCCAUAUUUCCCUGUGGACAAUAUUGUUAAACCAUCAUUUAAUGAGCCCGAAAAAUGAUCAAGUUUCUACCCAUAUUAUGGACUCUCAGCAUCGAGGAUUCUUUUGAGAGGAGAAGAUGAACAGAGGCAGAGCAUUCAUAUGCUCCACCAGCAUCUGCGUCUUGCGCACGGCCACAGUAAGAUUCUCAAAGAGGGGCCACCAAAAUAAAGUUAACACACGAUCGUUCAUAACUACUUUGGUACUGUCUAUUUGUGGCUGACAUGCAUCGCUGCUGCGCUCAUCACCCAUCACCCUAACCCAUGCUCCAUGGCCGCAGCCAUGCAGCGUUUUUUAUGGAGAACUAGAUCCUGCAUCUCCCUGUGGCAGAUGCAGGAUCAGAGACAGACAGGACAGGAUAAUAAUAAGAAAACAAAACAAAGAGCUUGGAAAGGAAAAUGUAGGUAGAUUUAUCCCACUACACGUUUUAAUGUUAUAAAGUAAAUAUUAUUCAUAAGCUCAUAAUGUUCAUAUAUCCCAUGCAAUUCAGAUCAAGUUCAAAACUCCGUCCCACCCAGGGAUGUAUCAAAGCAUUUGGGGGCCAUGCCAAUGAGGUGUCCUUUAUCUUUUGGGAAAUUGGCAAAACUAGUUCAACUGAUGCUGUGGAAAAUGACAUUUACAUUGAAUAACAUAAGCUAACUGUGCUAGAUUUAUUUCCUGUUCAUUGUUUACACAAUAGACUUUUUCAAACAAUGUGUUUGAACAGAAACUGGAUUUGAUUUUAGGUUUUCUCUUUUAAAGACAGAAUUCAGUAAUUUUACACACGUCAACAAUUUAUGCUUAGAUAUCGGCCAUCGGCAAAAACAUUCUUUAUAAAAUCGGCAUCAGCCUUAAAAAAACCAUAUCAGUCGGCCUCUAGUGAUAACCCAUGGAAGAGAGGUAACAAAAUAGGCUUUUAAUUUAAUUUAAUUUUUAAUUCUAAUGCAUCAUUAACAAUCGGCAAUAAAAACAACUGUGACAGUUUUUCAAUGGAAAGGACUUUAAAAUCGUAUUGGGAUCUCAAAACCAUUAUCGGUGUAUCUCUACUUACACCAAAUUCACCACAAUAUUCAGAAUCAAAGUAAAAGACGAUGCAUCUCAAUUUCAAUGCAUUCUCAUUCAGUAACAAUAAAGGCUUUCUGAUUCAGAUGAAGUGUAAAAACAGAUCUAUUUGAGCGGUUCAGAAUUGAAAAGGAAUGGAAGUGUUACGUUUCUCAAUGUUCUGAUUAAUCGGUGGCACAGUCUCAGAGGAACUUUUCAUGUCAUGAAAACACACUUGUUUGUUGUGACGUUGUUUCAUCUCUUUCUAAUUGCUGCUGACAGACGACCAAGAAAUGAUAUGCUGAUUAUGCUACUUGCUCAGAGGCAGAUCCACUUAGCUUUCUGUCCAAACUAUGUAAGAAUCAGACAGUGAUUGUUCAGUCAAACCUCCCAGCUGUCAAUCCUUGAGUCCCUUGUUUAAUUAUGAAGUAAAUACAUCAACAUCAUUACUGACAAGCCAGCAAGACAUUUAAAAGAUAUUAGGACUAAAAUGUGUUCUACCAGAUGUGUGAUUAAAGCCCCAGACCCACUGCGGAAUUUGAGACAGGACGUCAGGUAUGGUUUUCAGUAAAACUUUUCUAUUGCAGUUUGAGCUCUCAUGUUGGCAGGUGGGAUUAACAUACCGGCAUGCCCAAUUUCAUAAAUAUUUUCAUGCUGCAAUUAAUGGUCUGCAGAGCUAAAGAUAGAAAGGUAAAGCUGACCAGGCUCCACAUGUGACUCGCGGUCGCCGAGUCCUGGCCUGCCUGCUGCCUUGAUUUGCCAGUCUGUGGCUAUAAAUAGCAUCCAGUGCAUCGUAGUGCCUUCAUGUAUUUCUCCCAUUUCCACUACAAUGGUUUCUGUGCUUAACUUUUCUAAACUGGGCUUUUCAUUUCUUCAGCUUGGCCUGACACCAUUCUGAUGUCCGCUCAAAUCCUUUGGCUGCCAUUCUCAGAGAAUCUUCUUUUAAAACUUGCAUUUCUUAGCAAUCUGGCUGGCUCGUCCUGAGUUUGGCCUCUCAUGACGAUGGUGAAGAAUAUAUGGAGCUCUGAAGUUGACCAAACCUUGCUGCUACUUGCUGGCAUUUUCUCACAUCUGUGUAAGACUAAUGGAAAUACAAACAAUGGAACUCCGAGGUUUGUUUUGUUUGUUGCAAGUAGUGAUGCAUUUCUCUUCCCCAGUCAUUGCUCUAACCGAACUGCUCCACAGUGAUUUGGACCUACAACAGAAAGAGGCCACGAAAGUGCCGGUAGUGGCGCGGUUCGGGUUGGCUGUGCGAACUGAUUUUACAAUUGUGACAGAAAAAUUAGCAAGCUGACUCUCUUCAAACCCGUCCCAAACCCAGCGAUGGAUCUUUCAAUACAAGCUUAAAAGAUUGAGAAAACACUUCAAUUUAGUUGAUGAGUGCAGCUAAAAUUGUGUGUGUGUGUUCAGGGAGGUUCUGCUCAGACACGUGAAAAGAGAGUUACAGUAGUCUAAGCGUGAGGAGAUGAAGGUGUGGAUAACUGUUUCAAGUUCAGAGCAGGACAGAAUGGGACUCAACUUAGCAAUGCUCCUGAGAUGGAAGAAGGAAGAGCGAAUAAGAGAACUGACAUGAGAAUCCAGGGUGAGAGAAUCCAGGGUGAGAGCUGGGUCAAAGGUCAUGCCAAGAUUCCUGACAGAAAUUCUCCACUAACCUCCUCUCUUCCACCUUGCUCCUGUCUGCGAUCCUCUUCAGUAGUGUCCCUGCUACCAUCUCCUAUGAUUGCCAGACUCUUUUGUCCUUCCAUUCGUUCACGAUCCCCCAAGAUGCACCGAGGACGUACCAUCCUGUUUGUUUACCUGAGCGGCGCACUGGCCCGGAGCAAAACGACGGUUCCGAGCUGCGCACCUCUGGCUAUGUUUAUCCGGUCCUGGGAAAACGUCGGUGGAAAAGAGGUAAACGAGCAGGAAUCCAGCAGAGAAUAAGACUUCUCUUAAAGCGUGGUUUAUCUAGUAAACAUCUGCGUGAUCUUCUAGCUUCUUGUCCUUUGUUUGGUAACCUGAGCGCCACUUCCGCAUUCCCGCCAGGCCACGUUGCAGCGAGGUUCAUCCGUCCAAGUUUUUUAAGGUCGGUUUAUCCUCAUUCCUCAGUGGUUUCUCCUCCUGUUCCCUCCAUAAGUGGGUUUUAUAAACACUGUGGAUCUAACCCUGCUAAUUUAAGUCCACUAACUCCAGCUGUUUCUGUAGUUUCUGAUUCCUCCUCCUCACUCAGCAUGGCUCUAUUAAAUACCCGCUCUGUUAACAAUAAGUCCUUCCUGCUCAAUAAUCUAAUUCUCUCUAAAAACCUGGAUUUUCUGUUUCUGCCUGAAGUUUGGCAGCAAACAUCUGAUUAUUCUGGUCUGAUUGAACUUUGCCCGAGUGGUUAUUCUUUUCUUAGCCAGCCCCGGGGUUCUGGUCAUGGUGAAGGCCUAGCUGUUGUUUUCAGAGACCAUCUUCCAUGUAGCUCUACAGCCUCUGGUCACUUUGCUUCCUUUGAACUGCAGCUGAUUAAAGUCGGGCGUAAGGACCCGUUCUACUGUGCUGUGGUCUAUCGUCCACCUGGUCCAAACAGUUCUUUCCUUCAGGAGUUUAGUGACUUUCUAUCCUCCACUGGGAAGCUGUCCAGACUGGUGAUUGUUGGUGACUUUAACAUCCACGUUGAUGAUCCCUCUGAUCACUUUGCCAUGAAUUUCUCCAGCCUUAGGGACACCUUCGGCUUUACCCAGCAUGUUUCUGGCCCUAUACACACCAGAGGGCACACACUAGACCUUGUUUUUACCCUGAGUCUAAAUGCUGACAGUGUUUGUCCUGAGGACGUUUAUAUUUCAGAUCACCAUUGCAUUUUCUUUAACUUGUCAGUUUCUGCGUCCCCACCUCCUGCUCGCCGUAUGGUUUGUUUGCGUUUUCUUAAUGAGAGCACAGCUAGCAAUUUUUCUGCUGCUUUUGAUCCUCCCUGUUCUUCUGAUAACGACCCAGAUUCCUUAACUUCUCAGUUUAACGAUGACUGCCUCUCCAUUCUGGACAACAUCUGUCCUGUCAGAACCAGAUCAGUUCCGGCAGUGAACCCUACUCGCUGGUUUACUGACAGCCUUCAAAGCCUGAAGUGCCAGUGCAGAAAAAUUGAGCGUUUGUGGAAGAAAACCCAUCUCCACGUCCAUCUGCUGCACCUAAAGGAUCUUCUGACAUCCUUUAACUCUGCAGUCAGAGACACCAGGGUUUCCUAUUUCUCCAACCUGGUGUCCCAGAGCAAAGGGAACCCCAAGGUGCUGUUUAACACCAUCAGCUGCAUCGUCUCUCCUGCCUCUCCUACAGCCUCCAUCCACUCUGUUACAGACUGUGAGAACUAUCUGUCUUUGUGGACAAAUUCAAUAAGGUUAGAUCUAGCAUCUCUCCUUCAGCCUCAUCUCUGCCUCUCCCGACUCCAACCAGGCCCAUCAUCCUAGAUAGCUUUGCUCCUGUUUCUUUGCCUGAGUUAACCAAACUAGUUAACUCUAUGAAGACCUUUGCAUGCCCCCUCGACAUCUUACCCUCAUCUUUGUUUAAAAGUGCUUUUCAGUCCAUCGGUCCCAGCAUGCCCCUCUCUCCAUAGCAGCUUCAGACCCAUCUCUAAACUUCCGUUCAUCUCCAAGAUCUUGGAAAAGGUUGUGGCUAAACAACUCACAGCUGCUCUUGAUGAACAUAACAUCUAUGAUAGCUUCCAGUCAGGUUUUCGUAGAGCUCAUUCUACUGAAACAGCUCUUCUUAGGGCCUCUAAUGACCUUCUGACUCACAGUGAUGCAGGGGACUGUUCUGUUCUGGUCCUGCUGGACCUGACUGCAGCCUUUGACACUGUUGACCAUCACCUGCUACUGGAGAGGCUGAGAGACUGGGUAGGCCUAUCAGGAUCUGCUCUGGAGUGGUUCUCCUCUUAUCUCUCUGAGCGCUCCUUUUCUGUGGCCGCCUCCAAGUUUAGGUCCUCCACCACCUCUCUUACGGUGUCCCACAAGGUUCUGUGCUGGGGCCUCUGCUCUUCCUCCUCUAUUUGCUUCCUCUUCAACACAUCCUGAGCUCCUUCAAAGGAAUCUCUUACCAUCUUUACGCAGAUUACAUCCAACUGUACAUCUCCUUUAAGCCCCAUGAGAUAUCUAAGCUGCAGCUGUUACACACCUGCUUAGACUCUAUCAAAACCUGGAUGGCUGGGAGCUUUCUUCAGCUGAAUGAAGAUAAGACUGAGAUCCUCAUCUGUGCCCCAGACAAGCUGGUUCCCAAGGUCAGAGACUCUCUUGGUCAGCUUGCUUCUCACACCAAACCUUCUGUCAGGAAUCUUGGCAUGACCUUUGACUCAGCUCUCACCCUGGAUUCUCAUGUCAGUUCUCUUGUUCGCUCUUCCUUCUUCCAUCUCAGGAGCAUUGCUAAGUUGAGUCCCAUUCUGUCCCGCUCUGAACUUGAAACAGUUAUCCACACCUUCAUCUCCUCACGCUUAGACUACUGUAACUCUCUUUUCACGUGUCUGAGCAGAACCUCCCUGAACCGUCUACAGGUGGUUCAGAAUGCCUGUGCUCGGCUUCUGACCAAGUCCUCCAAACACACCCACAUCACCCCGCUUCUCCUCCAGCUUCACUGGCUGCCAGUCAACUUCAGGGUUCAUUUCAAGAUCCUGGUUCUGGUCUAUAGGGCCUUACAUGGACAAGUACCAUCAAACAUUGGUGAUCUCCUAAGUUCCUACACCCCCAGCAGGUCCCUGAAGUCCAGUGAUCAAAGCCUACUGGUUGUGCAGCACCAGGCUAAAGACCAAAGGUGACAGAUCAUUUGCUGCUGUGGCCCCCAGACUCUGGAACUCUCUCCCCCUGAGCCUGAGAUCAGUGGACUCGGUGGUCUCCUUCAAAAAACAGCUGAAGACUCACUUGUUCAAGCUGGCUUUUGUAUGACCUUCAACCACUCUCUCUUUAUUCUGCUCUCCCCGCCUAUUCCACCUUCCUCAGGAUCCACUGAUUUCCCUCUUUCCUAUUCACUCUCUCUCUUUAUUAACAUUUUUUUAAUCACAAUUGUCUAUUUUUGCUCAUUUUAAAUACAUUUUUAAACAUUUUCUAAAUGCUUUUUUAUAUUUUUACAUUUUUUGUUUUUGUGAAGCGCCUCGCGAUUUUUAUCUUGAGAGGCGCUAUAGAAAUGAUUCUUUCUUCUUCUUCUUCUUCUUCCAACUGUUAGUUUUUCCUGGAAUCGUUCAAAGUAUUUUUUUUUUCGAUUCCUAGUUUUGAUUCCUAGAAUGCCGGCGGAAGAGGAAUUCGUGGCCGAUCUCUGUGAAAAAUAAACGUGAUCUGCAAAUUGUAAUCAAGGCUUUUCAGAGCUGAUCACACCAGCUGUCUGUGUGCAGCACCGAGUCCCCCCUCCCCCCACCCGCACGCAGCGGCCAAAUAUAAACAAACGCGUCUGCCGAACUUUUACUCUGUAAUGUAAACUUUACCUCCUGCAGCGUAGAGGAAACUUGUUAAAUACGUCAACACGGUGGAUUUAAUAGAAGCUUUAAAGAACAAACUCUAGACGGUGUGAGGUGAGUUUGUCUCACUGCAGAAAUAAAAACACACACGGAGCGUCAGCAAUCAGACGCAGCCAGCUACAUUUAAUUCAAUUCAAUUCCAUUCAAAAAUACUUUAUAAAUCCCAGAGGGAAAUUGAUUGCUGUAGUAGCUCAGAAUAAUAAUAACAAUAAUCAAGUCAUCAAAGAGUUGAUGGGUGUGUCCGAAUCCAUGGGAAGGAUGCUUAUGAGUAUGGGUCCUCGCCGGUCUAGCAAGGCCGGGUCCUUGCUAGACCGCUAAGACCGGAACCCAGCGGCUCUGAAUUCGGACAGUCUAGCCUUCACCUCUACGGUGGCCCGUAGGUCCCGUCACAGCCGUGGCGGCAGCUACACGCAAAGGAAAAAUGCUAAAGCUAGCGAAAAUCGAGCAGGAAUAUUAAGGAGCUACAGCAGCUUCACGUCCAUCAGCAGCGUUUGUUCACAACCGUUUUCAGGUCAGCAUGCACUGUGCUGCACAUCUGCCUCUGUGCUGGUGAAGUUGUGUGUCUGGAGGAUGAGCCUGAGGAAGAUGUGUGUGGAGGAGGUCAGUGGUGCUCUCUCCUGCAGGAGGUACCAGCAGACCACCACUAUUGUUAACAGGCAAGUCAUUUAUGGAAGAACCUCUAUUAAAAACAACACUGUGGUUUUAUUUGCUGAAGAGUCACAAUUGUUAUACCGGUGGAUCCAUAAACCAUCUCCUCUCAUAUUUCUGAAUACAUCUUAGAGAUGUAACAGCCGUCGUCUGAGCCAGCCCAGCAGUCCCUGUAGAUGGACGAUGGAGUGGACAGUGAGAGGAAGUGUCCCAAAGCUCUCUCUGCAGACCGAUGAUGUUCCUCUUGCCAGAAAAGUCCAGCCACGGGUCUGCUCCAGCCCUCCAUCCACGUCUGGAUCCUCCUGCAGCAGAUCCAGCUGCACUGUUAAAGACUUCCUGCUCACUCAGUUUAAAUAAAUGAUCCAGGAAGAGUCACUCAGGUUAAUCCUGCUUUAACCGUGCAUAACUGGUCCAUACUGGUUUUGAUCUGUAAAUAAGUGUAACGUAUUAUAAAUAAUCUUGUCUCCUUACCAUCUUUUCAUUUUCUGUUCAUGUAACAUGUUCAAAAGCAUCUGUAAUAAUAAAACUGGUUAUAAAAUCAAUGAUCAGAGUUAUCAGUUAGUAUUUGUUUUAAUAAAUGUGUUCAAAUAUCAAACAAACAGCUAAUUAACAUUAACAUGAUGACAAUAGAAGGCCUCUCUCCCAGGAUGACAAAAAGGUAAAGCCUCUCCUGACCCUGGACACCUGCAGUCCUACAGAGAAAAUCAGAGACCACAGGUGACAAAAAUGCAAUAAACACAUUUUUACAUUUAUCCACAUGAGAAGAUAAAAAUUAUAUUUUUCACACAAACUAUUUUUACUUUAUUAUAACGUGUCAGCUGUGUAAAUCCCUGAAUGUAAAACUACUUUUCACAGCAGAACUACUGUGGUUGUGUGUGUAAACAGCUUCACUCUUCACCUCUAAGCUUAAUAAAAAUGCUUCUUUGCUCCGUCGUCCUUAAAACAAAUGACAAGUUUAAUUCGCCACACACACACACACCAAAAGGAAUAACUGGGACCUGUGAAACAAACUCAUUUUUGCUGAUUUCUGCCUAAAAUGUAAUUUAAAAAAACAAAUAUACAAACGAAAAAUGUCUAUAAACAGAACCACUUUCAGCUUAGUUUUCUACCGCUAUUUUUUUUAACAAAGCCUGCUGGGAUCAAGCUAGUUUACGGUGGGUUUUUACUAUUACACAUUCAAGCUAGUUUUCGGUGGGGCAUGUUUUAGCCUUAAAUUACAUGAAAAAAACAAUUUGCAGUAUUAGAUCUUAUAUAAAAAACAAACCAAAAAUGCCCAAACACGUAUUUUAUUUUUUUGACCGCUAUUUCUUUUAAAAACUUACAUUUUAAGCUGUACUGCUCUCCCACUCCGUCCGCCAUUGUUGUGAGUGUCGAGUCCAGCAACCGGCGCGCAACGCAUGCUGGGAUACCCUUGCUCCUGUGAGGAUCCAUCAGACCCAUCCUCGAAAUGUGGGUGGAGCGAGGACGCAUUUGAGGACGCGAGAAUGAGUAUUCUUGGAAUUCGGACAGUACUCGUCGCUGCGCUGUGACGUCAUGGACCUCAAAAUGCGCUCUUACAAGCAUCCUUCCUCUGGAUUCGGACACACCCAUUGUAUAUUACAAUGGCUGUUGGCCAGUUUCACUUCCUGUUCUGACUGAAGGCUGCUGCAGCAUGGAGGUGUGGUUCUCAGUCAUCCUGGACAUGAUCAUCCUGAGAGUUUUAGCUGAAAACAGCUGGACGUUUCUGGAUAUGUUGGAGUCAUUUAGCCUCUCAUCCCAGAGGCUUCUUCCAGACUUUGGUUGUGGUCAGAAACAAACACACUAGGACCCGUGGUUAGCUGGCUCAUUUAAAACAUGGAAUGUCUUGAAAGAAUCGGAAUCGGGAAUCGAUAGGAACCGGAAUCGAAACGAGGAAUUGGAAUCAGAAUCGUUCAAAAUAAAAUGAUGCCCAACCCUACAGUAGACACCCACUCAUGCUCCCCAUACACACUCUAUGCACUCUGGUCCCGGUACCACUAAACAAAGCGUGCAACCAUCACUGGUUCCCAGAGUUAGCCCCUUUCUGCUGGGGUGAUGAUGAGCAGGCUCCCCUGCUCAACGCUGAGCAAAGUAACCCAUGUUGAAUUUUCCUACAAUAAAUUCAGUCUAAAAAAAUCCCUAAUAUUGUCUGGCUGAAUGUAUUGUGAUAUAUCGUACCGUCUUCCCUGUAUCGUGAUACAUAUCGUAUCCUCAUAAUUUCACCAGUACACCUCCCUAUAUUUACCAGGAAUGUGAGUCAAAAAAAAAACAAAAAACAAUAACUUCAAGGAUAUGUUGGCCAGCACUUCAUGGGAUAAGUUAUAUGAAGAGGACAAUGCUGUUCAUAGAAGUCUUUAUUGUUUUGAUGAAUGUGUCCCUUUGUUUUUAUCUAUCAAGCAGUUUAAUCAAGCAUUUUUUAGGCCAUGGUGCACAACUGACCUGAGGAAGCUGCUUUAAAAACAACAUAUGUC